AUGAGCUCCAGUCUCGAGGCCAAAAUCGUCGUCCUAGGCGCCCAAGGCGUGGGAAAGACCUCUCUCGUCCAACGUUACGUGAAAAAUGCAUUCAACCCCGCUACAACAGCUUCCACCGUUGGUGCUUCCUUUGUCACAAAACGCGUCCUCGACACCACCUCCGACACCGUCGUGCGCCUGCAGAUCUGGGACACCGCGGGCCAGGAACGCUUCCGUAGCAUUUCCCGUCUCUACUACCGGGGCGCCAACGCCGGCCUGCUCUGCUAUGAUAUCACGGACGAGAACAGCUUCCAGGAAAUGGCCGGUUGGCUAGUCGAGCUGAAAGAGAACCUAGGGGAGGACUCGCCCAUCGUCAUCCACGUCGUCGGCACGAAAUCCGACAUCGUGGCUGACGACCCCAAUCUCCGCAAAGUCCCCUUUGAACGCACCAUUGCCUAUGUUGCUGAGCAACUUUACCCCUCCCAAGCUUCGACACCACCACCCAGUUCCGGCCUGGGAAUGCUCGGUCCCUCCACCUUUGGCACCUCAAACUCCAAUCAUAACCAUAACCAUAAUCAUAACCAAGCCUCCGGCCCUGAAAGCAAGCGGAGCAGCGGCUUCUGGGGCCAGGAUAUCGGAUGGGACUGCUGCCACGAGAUCAGUGCUAAGGAUGGUGAGGGCAUCGAAGAGGUAUUCCGCGUCAUUACGCGGAAACUUGUCGAGCAGCGGAACAAAAAGGUAGAAGCCGAUGCUGCAAAUCGGAACGGCUGGAGUGGUGCUGAACGAAUACCGCCACGUAUGGAGGGCGGCGUGUCCGACGGGCACGGCAGCGUUCGCGGCGGAACGACUGACAAGCGUCGGAGCUGGCUUGGGUUCCCGCCCGGUCUGGUCCUGGGUGAGGAGCCCGUUCAUGUCCAAGUGGGUUCGAUGCAGAAUAAGCAGAGGAGAUGUUGCUGA